AUGGUCCAGGUCAGCGAAGUCAAGGAGAAUGCUGUUCCUUCGGGCUCUCAUGCGAGGACAGCCGCACAUACACAUAUUAAAGGAUUGGGUCUUGAUGAAUCAGGUGUGGCUAAACAAAUCGAAGGCGGUUUCGUUGGCCAGAUUGAGGCCAGAGAAGCUUGCGGAGUAGUUGUUGAUUUGAUCAAAGCCAAAAAGAUGUCAGGCAAGGCUAUUUUACUUGCUGGUGGUCCCUCAACUGGUAAAACAGCUUUAGCCUUGGCAAUUUCUCAAGAACUAGGUCCCAAGGUUCCUUUCUGUCCAGUGGUAGGCUCUGAACUCUAUUCGGUUGAAGUCAAGAAGACUGAGGCGUUAAUGGAAAACUUCAGAAGAGCAAUUGGUCUAAGAAUCAAGGAAACAAAAGAAGUAUAUGAGGGUGAGGUCACAGAAUUAACUCCCCAGAGUGCCGAAAAUCCGCUCGGAGGGUAUGGCAAGACCAUUUCGCACGUCAUAAUUGGGCUCAAAUCUGCUAAGGGAACAAAAACCCUAAGACUUGAUCCAACUGUUUAUGAUAGUAUCGAAAGAGAGAGUGUGAGCGUGGGAGAUGUUAUUUACAUCGAAGCCAAUACCGGUGCUGUAAAAAGAGUAGGUAGAUCGGAUGCUUAUGCCACCGAAUUUGAUCUGGAAGCUGAAGAAUACGUGCCUUUGCCUAAAGGUGAGGUUCACAAGAAGAAGGAGAUAGUCCAGGAUGUGACAUUGCACGAUUUAGAUAUGGCUAACGCCAGACCUCAAGGCGGACAAGAUGUUAUUUCCAUGAUGGGACAGCUGAUGAAACCAAAGAAAACUGAGAUAACGGAGAAGCUAAGAGAAGAGGUCAACAAAGUUGUUGCAAAGUACAUUGACCAAGGAGUUGCAGAAUUGGUUCCUGGUGUCUUGUUUAUUGAUGAAGUGAACAUGCUAGAUAUCGAGAUUUUCACGUACUUGAAUAAGGCUCUGGAAUCUGAAAUUGCUCCAGUGGUUGUACUGGCAUCUAAUAGAGGUCUAACAACUGUGCGUGGAACUGAUGAUGUAGUUUCCCCUCACGGAAUUCCGCCAGAUUUGAUUGACAGACUACUAAUUGUUCGCACUUUGCCUUACAAUAAAGAAGAAAUAAGAACUAUCAUUCAAAGAAGGUCUGCCGUUGAAAACCUACGGUUGGAGGACGCUGCUUUGGAUUUGCUCGCCACUAUGGGAACUGAGACAUCCUUGCGUUACGCAUUACAGCUUCUUGCCCCCUCGGGAAUUUUGGCUCAAGCUUCCGGUCGUACAGAGCUAACUGUUCCUGACAUCAAUGAAGCUAAAACUUUAUUUUUGGAUGCCAAAAGAUCAACCAAGAUUCUUGAAAAGGCCGAAAACUAUUUGUGA